GAAGAAAACUGAACACAAACCCACAAAAUGCUCGCCACUGCAAGGGCAGGGAGCUCCAAGUGCUCACCAGUUCCAUACCCUGCCUUCCGCAGCAAAACCCACAUGGACUCCCCUCCUAAAACCCUCUCUAGCUGCACAUUCCCGAGGUCUUCUUCUCUCUCCUCUCCCAUGCAAGUAGAGAGAGAAGGGAAUGGUGGUGAUUCUUCCUCCGUGAUAACCCUCCAAGAAUGGCAGGGUUGGGGCACCGCCUCUCCUUUUCCGGCCAUGGUUGCGGAGAUUGUCGAAGAGUUGAGGGGUUUGGAGAGAGAUAUGGACGGGCAGAUGAGCUUCGGAGGUCUUGGUGGAAAAAUCAAAGGAGACUUCAAGGUCCACGAGGAUAAAAAACAUAGAGCAAAAUAUCAGGCUUUAGGUGAUUCGGAAAAGAAGAUGGAAUUCUUUUCAGCUCGACAAAUUGCAUGUCGCUUGCUAGGCAGUAGGUACUACCUUUGCCAGAAGUGCUGGCUUGCUCUGGAAGAUUGCAUGUGUACUAAGGUCGUGCCCUUCUCUCUCUGUCAUGGCAUACGGUUCUGGUUGUACAUGCAUCCAAAGGAUUUCUUACGACAGAACAAUACAGGAAAGUUGUUAUGGCAAGUUUUUGGUGUUCAAUCUGCAACUUUGUGCAUCUAUGGAAUUGCUGAACAUGAAGAAAUCAUGUGGAAUGCUUUCAAGCUUGCAGGGAAAGAAAAGGUUUGGUGCCUUUAUCCCAAUAAGAAUGCACCAACACAGUCGGUUUAUGAUGCAUUUGGUCAAGAUUCUUCAACGAGUCCACAAUGCAUACCGAACGUGACAAAUGAAGAAAAACCUCUGAACUUUGUGUUGCUUGAUGGUACAUGGAACAACUCUGCUGCAAUGUUCAGGCGUUUGAAGCAGGACAAAGCAAAUGAAGUCUGGGGAGAGGACCUUCCUUGCAUAUCUCUUGCCACAGGUGCAUCUGCAAUGCAUAAACUCCGGCCCCAACCGUCGUGGGACCGAACAUGCACAGCGGCAGCAGUAGUUGGCCUCCUCGAUGAGCUGCAUUCUCUUCAGGAGUUAAGCUCAUUAGGGUUUGAUAAACCGGCUGAAGCAUUAGAGGACGCAUUAGGAGCUUUAUUAGAUGCACUUACUGCGAGAAGGCUUCGCAUGGGAAGGUCAAUCACUCGCAGAGAAAGACAUAACCGAGACAUCUGUUGAUAGUCGACCAGAAAAUGUCAUUGGGCCGUAGGCUGUGGCGGGAGGAAGUUUUUUGAGAUCUCUCCCAUCGUUAACGACUUACAAUCUGGAAAAUUUACUCUUUGAUUUUCUUGUUUUUGUUUUAUUGCUGAGUUGCAACUGUUGAUACAUUACUAACAAUUGUAAGAAUUGCGGCACAGGAAUUUUUCUUUUUCUUUUUUUGCCACCAUGAUAACCAUUGAUAUUAUAAAUCACCAAAAAAAUCAUUAUAUCAA